UCUUUUUUCAUAUGAAUAAAACAUUAUCAGCUGAGUAUUUUUACUUUUCUUUUCGUGUUCAGCAGAUUACGCCUCUAUCGUGCAACGAAUAAAAUAAGUGUAAUCAGAUUUUCAAAGUGAAACGAUCGAUAUUAAUAACUUUUUAAAUCAUUAUUGAAAAAUCAAACCACAUCUGCAGUUUGACUUCCCAUAUGACAACAGCGCCUCCAGCGUCAACAAGUCACUCUAAUGGUAUAUUCGCGCGGGACGACUGCGACUGCAGCGGCAAAGUGCAUGUGCUCGAACUAGCCACGGAUUCUUUUUCCCUGGCAGUUGAAGUCGACAUUCCCGUGCGCUCGGUUGCUUCGGCGCAGUUUCAAGUUCUAGCGGAUCAACAUGAAUUCAGCCGAAUCGGAAAAGUUGUUGAGGGACGUUCUUGAUAUUCUUGUCGAAUACAAAUUUUUCGAUCCAAAGGCUGACAUGCCUGUUGUAAAUUUCUUACAUCCACACGAGCUUCAGAAAACUUUAGCGACGAGGUUAAGCGAGGAAGGCGCCACUCCCGAAGAGAUUCAUCGGAUUUCCCGUCAAUUGGUCCACUACUCCGUAAGAACGUUCAGUCCGCACUUUCACAAUCAGCUCUACGCGGGCAUCGACAUCUACGGCCUUGCUGGCGCCUGGCUCACCGAAGCUCUCAACACAAGCCAGUACACGUACGAAGUGGCACCGGUAUUUACGCUACUAGAGCGGGAAAUCAUCGAACAAAGCCUCAAGCUUAUGGGCUACCCUCCGAUGCCAGAGGGCGACGGCAUCCUCUCGCCAGGUGGCAGUCUAUCCAAUAUGUAUGGCAUGGUGUUAGCCAGACAUCACUACUUUCCUGAAAUCAAGAGGAGAGGCAUGUGCGGAUUGCCGCCGCUUGCUGUUUUCACCAGCCAAGAUGGCCAUUACUCUAUUACCAAAGGUGCUCACUGGUUGGGACUCGGCACGGAUAAUAUUUUCAAAGUAAAAAGCGACGAGCUAGGUCGCAUGGACGUGAGCGAUCUGAGACUGAAGAUCGCCGAGGCUCGGAAAACCGGCUGCGUGCCGUUCUUUGUGAAUGCCACCGCUGGCACGACCGUACUCGCGGCCUUCGAUCCAAUUGACCAGAUCGCGGCUGUCUGUCGCGAAGAAAAUCUGUGGCUUCAUGUUGACGCAUGCUUGGGGGGCACUUUGGUGCUGUCCAACAAGUAUCACGAUCGACUCAACGGAAUCGAACUGUCGAAUUCAGUAUCGUGGAAUCCGCACAAAAUGCUGGGCGCGCCUUUCCAAUGCUCAAUUUUUCUCGUUAAGGGCAAAAACGCGCUCCACGAGGCGAAUUGCGCCGGAGCGAAGUAUCUAUUUCAGCAAGACAAAUUCUACGACGUGUCGUGGGACACGGGUGAUAAAAGCGUGCAAUGCGGAAGAAAGACCGACGGUGUGAAAUUCUGGCUGAUGUGGAAAGCCCGAGGCACCGCGGCCCUCAGAAGAUCUGUCGAUAUCGCGAUGGAGGCGGCGCAGUACUUCUUCGAUAGGAUCAAGAACCGAGACGGAUUCAGACUCGUGCUGCCGAAGUACGAAGGAGCCAACAUUUGCUUCUGGUACGUACCACCAAAAAUGAGAAAUCAAAAGGAAGACGCCAAAUGGCACGAGAAAAUGAACAGUGUAGCGCCCACGAUCAAGGAAAGGAUGAUUAUGAAGGGAACUCUUAUGAUUGGAUACACUCCAAUGGCGCAUAAGGGUCGAAACAAUUUCUUCCGCAUGGUUCUCAACUGCCAGCCAGAGCCCAGCCACGCCAACAUGGAUUACGUCAUCGAGCAGAUCGAGCAGUACGGUGCGGACCUUGGAGACUGACAACAGCCUAGACUCAGCUGUUCACCUUGUCGACAACUCCAACUUUUAGAGAUUUGUACAUAGAUAUUUAGAGCUUAGUCUGGUUUUAUUCUCGAAUGGGCGGUAUUUUUACACUCACUUUUAUAUCCGACUUGUAAAUAAAGUUUCGACGUUUAACAUGGAUUUAC